GCGGCUCGACACCUUGCUCUGACUGCCAGGUCGCUUUUGUCAACCUCAAGUGUGACUCAUCCAAGAAGGGGAAGGGCCGCCGGGCUCGCAACUCGUCCAACAAGGAGGUGACACGCAUCACGCUGGAGUUCGAGGCAGAGAUCAAGCCAGAGGAGAUCACAGCCAGCUGCAACCUGCACUGCCUGCGACAGAGAGUGGAGAAAAAGCUGAAGUCUGCCAUCAAAGCUCUGAAGAAGUCCAUCAACCAGGAGCGGUUCCUGCUGCGCUUCGCGGGCAUGGAGUACGAGGUGGCGCGGAAGCUGAGCGUGGCCCCCGAGAGGCAGGAGGGCUGGGGGGCCCCGGGGCAGCAGCGCCUGGGCACCAAGUGUGUCAGCUGCUCGCAGGGGACCUAUUACCACGGCCAGACAGAGCAGUGUGUCCCCUGCCCCCCCGGCACCUACCAGGAGAAGGAAGGGCAGCUCUCCUGCGACCUGUGUCCCCGUGGUGAUGCUUUCGGACCCGUGGGAGCCACCAACAUCACCGGCUGCACAGGUCAGUGUCCCCCCGGGCAGCACUCAGCUGAUGGCUUCAAGCCCUGCCAGCCGUGUCCCCGUGGCUCCUACCAGCCCGAGGUGGGACCCCGCCACGAGGGAGCCCUCUCCUUCCAGGACUGCGACACCAAAGUCCAGUGCUCCCCGGGGCACUACUACAACACGAGCGUCCACCGCUGCAUCCGCUGCGCCGUGGGCACCUACCAGCCCGAGUUCCGGCAGAACUACUGCAUCACCUGCCCGGGCAACACCACCACCGACUUCGACGGCUCCACCUCCGUGUCCCAGUGCAAAAACCGGCAGUGUGGGGGCGAGCUGGGCGAGUACACGGGCUACAUCGAGUCCCCCAACUACCCGGGGAACUACCCUGCCAACGUGGAGUGCACCUGGAACAUCAACCCCCCGCCCAAGCGCAAGAUCCUCAUCGUGGUGCCAGAGAUCUUCCUCCCCUCUGAGGAUGAGUGCGGCGACGUCCUGGUCAUGCGGAAAAACUCCUCCCCAUCCUCCAUCACCACCUACGAGACGUGCCAGACCUACGAGAGGCCCAUCGCCUUCACCGCCCGCUCCCGCAAGCUCUGGAUUAACUUCAAAACCAGCGAAGCCAACAGCGCCCGGGGCUUCCAGAUCCCCUACGUCACCUACGACGAGGACUAUGAGCAGCUGGUGGAGGACAUCGUGCGGGACGGCAGGCUCUACGCCUCCGAAAACCACCAGGAGAUCCUCAAGGACAAGAAGCUCAUCAAAGCUUUCUUCGACGUGCUGGCACAUCCCCAGAACUACUUCAAAUACACGGAGAAACACAAGGAGAUGCUGCCCCGCUCCUUCAUCAAGCUCCUCCGCUCCAAAGUCUCCAGCUUCCUCCGGCCUUACAAAUAGCCCCCCGCGCCCCCGG